CCCCCCCCCAAAAAUGGUGGUGUUCGCCGGAGGAGGUAGCCGUGCAAGCAUGGGCAGCCUAGCCACCCACGUCAUCAAGGGGCGGUGGUUCAUGGUGUUCGCCACCACUCUCAUCAUGGCGGCGGCGGGCGCGACCUACAUGUUCGGGCUCUACUCCGGCGACAUAAAAGGCGCGUUGGGCUACGACCAAACCACCCUCAACCUCCUCAGCUUCUUCAAGGACUUAGGCUCCAACGUGGGCGUCCUCUCCGGCCUAAUCAACGAGGUCACGCCCCCCUGGGUCGUCCUCUUCAUCGGCGCCGCCCUCAACUUCUUCGGCUACUUCAUGAUGUGGCUCGCCGUCACCAAAAAAAUCUCGACCCCGAAAGUCUGGCAAAUGUGCCUCUACAUCUGCGUGGCCGGGAACUCGCAGUCCUUCGCCAACACCGGCGCGUUGGUCACGUGCGUCAAGAACUUCCCCGAGAGCCGCGGCGUCGUCCUCGGACUCCUCAAAGGCUUCGUCGGCCUCAGCGGCGCAAUAUUGACGCAGCUCUUCCACGCCGUUUACGGUAACGAUUCUAAAUCGCUCAUUCUCUUGAUCGGGUGGUUGCCGGCCGUUAUCUCCCUCGUUUUUCUCCGGACGGUGCGGAUUAUUAAGGCCGUGCGGGUCGCCCGGGAGCUCAAAGUGUUCUAUAGAUUUCUCUACGUCUCGCUCGGCCUCGCCGGGUUUCUCAUGGUCGUUAUCAUCCUUCAAAAGAAAUUCGAUUUCUCCCGAGUUGAAUACAGUUUCAGCGCCGUCACUGUUGUUUUCUUGCUCUUUUUGCCGCUCGCCAUUGUGUUCAAAGAAGAGAUCGGUGUUUGGAAGAACAAGAAUCUGGCGGUGGAGGAUAAAGUGUUGGACGACUUGAAGGUCGUAGUCACCAAGGAGAAGGAGAAGCAGCUGCCGGAGACCGAAGAAACGUCGGUUUCUUGCUGGAAAACGGCGUUUCAGCCGCCGGAAAGAGGAGAAGACUACACGAUACUCCAAGCACUUUUCAGCGUCGACAUGUUAAUUCUCUUUCUGGCCACUAUAUGCGGCGUGGGGGGGACGUUAACCGCAAUCGACAACCUAGGACAGAUCGGGACAUCCCUGGGAUACCCGAAAAAGAGCAUAAGCACAUUCGUGUCUCUCGUCAGCAUAUGGAACUACCUCGGCCGAGUAGCCGCCGGUUUCCUGUCGGAGCAUUUCUUAACCAAGUACAAAUUCCCCCGCCCUCUAAUGCUCACCAUAAUCCUCUCGAUCUCCUGCGUGGGCCACCUCCUAAUCGCCUUCAACGUCCGCGGCGGCCUCUACGCCGCGUCGGUGAUCAUCGGGUUCUGCUUCGGCGCCCAGUGGCCGCUGCUCUUCGCCGUGAUCUCCGAGCUGUUCGGGCUGAAAUACUACUCCACGCUGUACAAUUUCGGGUCCACGGCGAGCCCGAUCGGGUCGUAUAUUCUGAACGUGAGAGUGGCGGGGCGCUUGUAUGAUAGAGAGGCGGAGAGGCAAAUGAAGGCGCUGGGGAAGAUCAGAAGGGACGGUGAGGAUUUGAAUUGCGUUGGGGUUAAGUGUUUUCAGUUGGCUUUUUUUAUUAUCACUGGCGUUACGGUUUUUGGAGUUCUUGUUUCUGCGGUUUUGGCGGUUAGGACUAGGAGGUUUUAUAAGGGAGAUAUUUAUAGGAAGUUCCGGGAGCAGGCCGCGGCGGCGGAGACGGAAAUGGCCGCCGCCGGUGCCGGAAAUGGGGCUGUAAUUCCUACCACGAAGGUGUAGACUGUAGAGUGGGAUUUAGCACAUAUACGUAAUGGGAAGUACCCAAAAACAACAAAGGAAAGAAAGAUAUAUUUAAUAGGAAUUUAGACAGCAAUUAGACAUCAAUUAUGGGAGGCAAAUAUGUGUUGAUUGAUCCAUAGUGAACUUUUAAAUUCUGGAAUAAUUGAUUCUCCAUGUAUAAUUUAUAAAUGAAAAAUACUUGAUGUACCGCAAA